CGCCUCACGGUCUGUGCCGCGGGAGCCCGGGGCUUGCUCAUUGCGGCGGGAACGUUAAUUAGUUAGAGUGAGGCGGUAAUUAGUAAGCAGAGAGGGUGGAAGUAGUUCCGAAGGGAUUGUGUGGGGGAUCUUGGAGGGGUUUGUCAGGAAUAGAAUUCGGUCUCGGAGCUCCAGCACCAUGCAGAGAGCUUCACGGCUGGCAAGGGAGCUCUCACUCCUGGCUACGGAGCCACCUCCAGGCAUUACUUGCUGGCAGAAUGGGCAGCUGGAUGACCUACGGGCCCAAAUUUUAGGAGGUGUGGACACACCAUAUGAGAAAGGAAUAUUCAACCUGGAAAUCAUAGUUCCUGAGAGGUACCCGUUUGAGCCACCAAAGAUUCGCUUCCUGACCCCCAUCUACCAUCCCAACAUUGACUCUGCUGGAAGGAUUUGCCUGGAUGUUCUUAAGUUACCACCAAAGGGUGCCUGGAGGCCUUCCCUGAACAUCUCCACCCUGCUGACCUCCAUCCAGCUGCUGAUGGCAGAGCCCAACCCUGAUGAUCCUCUCAUGGCCAAUAUCUCUUCGGAGUACAAGUACAACAAGCAGCUGUUCUUGCUCAAUGCCAGGGAGUGGACUGAGAAAUAUGCAGGGCAGCUGAGGGCUUCCAAGCCUUUGGAAAAGAAAAUCAUCCAAAGUGAAACAAGCACCAGCAGUGAAUUGACCAUGCAGAAAAGAAAAGGGGUUGACAUCAGUAGGAAGGAAAAGAAAUCCCGCCCAGAUUCCUGAGGUGUUUUUGUUCUCUUUGGGCUGUUACUGUCCCCUUCCCCUCACACAUAAACAAGGAAAGAGUCUGCCUUUUAAGGGCUGCACCAGCUUUGGGUUUCUGUUUCCUUGGGGUGGUUUUUUUUUUUUGUUAAAAGUUCCAUUAUAUUAAUAAAUAUAAAGCUUUUAUUUAUA